AUGUUUUCAUUUAGAAUUUUUCUUUGCAUUUCAUUUAUUGUAUACAUUUUUCAACUUAAGGAUUAAUUUGAUUUGAUAUGCUUAUUUGUUGCUGUAAAUUUAGUUGCUUAAAUUAAUAAUAACUAUUUAAGUUUUGAUUGUUGGAUUAUUGCAUUUAUUUAAUAAUAUUUUAUAUUUAAAAAUAAUAAGGUUGAGGAAUAUUAUUUGAUCAGUUAUCCAUACUUAAUCAUCUUUAUAUCGAUUUUCUACAUAAACUCCUAGGAAAAUAAUCUUUUCAUAAAUAAAAAUUUGAUCAGCAAAGACUUUAGAAAUUUGAUUAGAAUCUAAAAUAAAAUGAAUAACAAUAAUAAUAAUAAAAUAAGAAAGUUAAAAGAACACAGGAAUUUAUUUGGGCAAAAAAGUAGAUUAUGAAUAUUUUUUGAAAAGAAAGAAAACGAAUUUAGCAAAUAGCAGAAAAAUUUUUAUAUAAUAGGUAAAAGAACAUAUGAUUAGGCGCUUUUAGAGGAUGAAUAAGUAUUUAAGAAAAGCUAAGUUGAAAAUUAAUGAUUGAAAAAUGAUUUGUUUGAAUUUCCAGAGGUA